AUGAAGACCUCGAAAUUGGCAAAAGAGACAUCAGCCCUCCUCAACAAGAUGGCCCGUCCGUCAGCGUCGUCGCCAGCGACAGCAUCAUCGUCACCACAGCACGAGCAGCCGUCACAAACCCGCCGUACGACGCGGUCUUCGCUUGCACGGUUCGCGUAUACUUCAACCUCCACGACAGAUUCCAAAUCGACAGCCACGGAAGCCGCGCUCCACGAUAUAGUCCUGGGCGUCGCCGACAUUGAAGACACGGUUCCGAACCCGCGGAGCAGGAAACGGAGGCGACUUGUCAAAGAGGAGGGGCAGGAAAGAAUCGACCAGAAUACUGCCACCGCAGCAGCGACAUCACCAUCACCAGCCAAAAUCAAGACCGAACCCAUCGAACCCUCAACACCAUCCCAACCACCCCCUCCAAAAGCCCGCAAAACCCGCAAACCAGCCCGCACAAUCCGCGGCUCGUCCCCCUCCUCUUCCACAAUCCAAAUCGAACCGCCCAGCUCCUGGCUCGAAAUCUACAACACGGUUCUCAAAAUGCGCCUCCACGGCCCCGCGCGCAACGCCGCGGUAGACACAAUGGGCUGCGAGCGCCUCUUCCACCCCGACGCCUCGGAGCGCGACCGGCGCUUCCAUAUUCUGAUUGCGCUCAUGCUGUCAAGCCAGACCAAAGAUACCGUCAACGCGGUGGCGAUGAAGAGGUUGAUGACGGAGUUGCCUUCCUACAAAGAGGGCGCGGAGGCGGGGCUGUGUCUGGAGAAUGUAUUGGCUGUGGAGCCUGCGUUGUUGAAUGAGUUGAUCUGGGCGGUGGGGUUUCAUAACAAUAAGACAAAAUUCAUCAAAGCGACAGCCAUCAUCCUCCGCGACAAAUUCAACAGCGACAUCCCCGACACAAUCGAAGGCCUCACCUCCCUGCCUGGCGUAGGACCUAAAAUGGCCUACCUCUGCCUAUCCGCAGCAUGGGACCGCACCGAGGGCAUCGGCGUGGACGUGCACGUGCACCGCAUCACGAACCUCUGGGGCUGGCACAAGACGACGCAGCCCGAGGCGACGCGGCACGCGCUGCAGAGCUGGCUUCCCAAGGAUAAAUGGCGCGAGAUCAACUGGUUACUCGUCGGGCUUGGGCAGACGGUCUGCCUUCCUGUCGGGCGUAAGUGCGGUGAUUGCGAGCUUGGGCUAGAGGGGUUGUGUAAGGCGGUUGAUAGGAAGAAGGUUAAUGAAGCGCGUAAGAUGAAAGAGGUCAAGGUUGAGGACAUGCAUUUGUCAAAAAGGAGGAAGAUGGGAUUGGACGUUGAUGAAAAUGAGUAA